AUGGAAGGCUCGGAGAAAGCGGGAGAUUGGUUGUGGGAAGCGCCCCUGGCCACAUCCCCGCAGCUCAGCCAUCAAGGUCUUUCAGCUCUUGGCCAGUCGGAGCAACUCCCCGUAUUCCGGCUCUGCCUUUUGAUGCGAGGCGCGCCGCCACCGAAGCCUGGAGAGGAAGCGCCACAAGAGCAGCAUCGCGCCUUCGUCAAUGCACCCUUCCAGCACCUUGGCUCUGGAAGGGCCUCGGCUGUCAGGCUGAAGGUGGAGACCUACGAAGACUUCGCGAAGCUGCUCCCCAGCCUUGGGCGGGAGGCCAGCAGCCGUGCCAGCGUGGAGGAGGAGUUGCGAAAGCUCAACAUUGACCCCAAGAUCUUUUACAGCCGACAGCCGCUGAAGGUCAGCCAGUACACGCCCGAGGACAUGAAGCUGACAUGCUGGCCUUUUGCAGCGGAUUUCGGCUUCGAGCCCGAGGCCCAAGACUUGCCGCCCCUGCCGGCGGGCUUCCACCCGCCGGCGCGCCACGCCGAGGCCGAGAUGUCCCGGUUCCAGAAUCUGCUUUUUUUUGUUUUGUUUUAA